GGACGUGGCUUCGAUCAGCAGCAGUUGUGUGCCAGAGGUUGAGUAACGCGGUUAAAGUCAAAACGCGCGCAGUCCGUAACGUACGUCCGGGGGCGUAGCUUUGAUUGAACACGACGAGCAGAUCUGUGAAUUCAUCCGGUUGGGACAGCUAAGAACGUUUUGCUUCAAAUCCAAAUCGGCGAGAGUGGAAUAGAACGUCGGCCUAAGCAAAAGCUGGUGCUAAACAGUGAAAUCGGUGAAGUUGAGUGCAAGAUCGUCGAAGACGAAGUGCAUUAGAACAUUUUAUAAGCAAAAAAGUUUUUAAGUGCCAAUUGUGUAAACAUGACGAAAUAUUUAGUGUUGAUAGCAACGGUUGUUGCACUCGGCCACGCACUUCACUACGGUGACGAGGGCAUCGAUGUGAAGAUUAACGUGGAGAAGAACUCCAACUCGUACCUGUCCGGGCGGCUACCACAAGGUUCGUUCGAGUAUGGGCUGGACGUGGUGAAGCAGAAGGACAACCACUUCCAGCACAAAGUCAAGGGCCCGGAUGAUGUGACGUACGGUUGCUACGGGUUCGUCGAUCCGGACGGUAAGCCACAUCUCGUCCACUACGUGUCGGACCUGAAGGGAUACCGCAUCGUGCCACCGGAUUCCGCCACCAAGAUCUACAUCUCACGGCUCGAGCGCAGCAUCAACAACGUGUAUCAGGCGUCUCAGGAGAAAAACGUCCAGUGGAAGGAUCUGUUCUUCCCGCCGGCCUGCAAGCAGCUGUACACCGAAACGAAGACAGUCGCCCCACCAACCACUCCCCGACCAGCGCCACGCACUCCGUCGACCACCCGACGCCCGGCACCGACCACACGCCGCGUGACACCUGCCCCACCGCCACCACCCCAGCCAGCCGUACCAGAGCCAGAGUUCACGGCGUCCAGCAAUUUGUGCCCGUCGGUUGUCCAGGCACCACCGGCCAAUCUCGUACCGCAGCCCGCCUGCUCCAAGGUGUGCGACGAGCUGAAGGACGAGCUGAAGGACAUUAAGGCGAAGCUGAAGAACCUGCUGGAUACGCUGGCGGAGAAGCCGAAGGGUAGGGGUGCGGGCGGUGACGGUGCCAAGUUCGCCUACUUCCCGGUGAUGCUGAGCGAUGGGCUACCGGACGGUGUGGAUCCUAGCUCGGCCAAGUUUGCGUUCCCGACCUUGCCGCAGCAGUGUGGCCGUCAGUAAGCUGAUCGGGCUGUUGCGGGGAGCUGGUUGUUUUGAUACAGGUUGUGUUAAGGGCACUGAAGUGUUAUGUGUUUGUGUGUGAAAUCGAGUCAUAUGUGCUAGGGCUUUAGCGAUAAGUUUUGCGUUUAGCGUUUAUGCGUUGUAAGAUAUUUGUUAAUAAAGAUGAACGAGAAGAAACACUUUUUAAAA